UUUCUAUGCCGUUUCUUUUCCUCUUUCCCCUCCCGAGUCCCCACCCCCGUGUCGCGCGGGAGGAAGACGUCGAAACUGCGCUGCAGCUGAAUGGGAGGCGGGCAGGAAGAGAAGCUCGGAAGAGUCCCGAUGAAGUGUUUUUGUUGGAACAAUAAUUGAGAUCACUGACUUGAUUUCUAAACAUUGAUAUUGCUAAUUCAGAAUUUGAAGUGGAUCAAGAACAAAAAUGAAGAGUGGAGUGGCACAGUCUGGUUCUAGUUAUGAAAGAAAGGAAACUUACAGUCCUCGGCAGAGGAGUUCCUCUCCAGAAGACAGGUACAGAGAUCAUGGGAGGUCUUGGUCACCACCAGGCAAAGGUUCCUUGGAUCAUAGCAGACCUGACCGGGAACGUUCAGAAAGGGGGCGUUAUGCUGAUAAAUACUCAGAAUCAAGAGGGAGAGAGAAACAGGACAGAGAGAGAGAGUCUGACCGGAGAAAGCACAGAAAAUCCUCUUCACCUGACAGAAAAAAUGCAGCAGAGCGCUCACCAUUACAAAGCUCGCUUUCCCAUGAAGAACCCCCUCCAAAGAAGAAGAAAGAGGAUCUGGAUCCAAUUCUUACCCGCACAGGGGGUGCAUACAUUCCUCCAGCGAAGCUUAGGAUGAUGCAAGCACAAAUCACUGAUAAAAAUAGUUUAGCAUAUCAAAGGAUGAGUUGGGAAGCACUGAAGAAAUCCAUCAAUGGUCUCAUUAACAAAGUGAAUGUUUCAAACAUUGAGAAUAUCAUCCAUGAGCUCCUUCAAGAAAAUAUUGUCAGAGGAAGAGGAUUGCUGUCCAGAUCAAUUUUGCAAGCCCAGAGUGCUUCACCAAUCUUCACUCAUGUUUAUGCAGCAGUUGUAGCAAUCAUCAAUUCAAAGUUUCCGAAUAUUGGAGAACUGAUUCUCAAGAGACUCAUUUUAAACUUUCGAAAAGGAUACCGAAGAAAUGAUAAGCAACUUUGCCUGACAGCUUCCAAGUUCGUUGCACAUCUUAUGAAUCAGAAUGUGGCUCAUGAAGUUUUAUGUUUGGAAAUGCUCACGUUGCUUCUGGAAAGGCCUACAGAUGACAGUAUUGAAGUAGCGAUUGGGUUUCUAAAGGAAUGUGGGCUCAAGCUGACAGAAGUGUCUCCUAGAGGUGUUAAUGCCAUCUUUGAUCGCCUUCGUCACGUUCUGCAUGAAUCUGAAACUGACAAGCGGGUUCAGUAUAUGAUAGAAGUCAUGUUUGCUGUGCGUAAAGAUGGAUUCAAAGAUCACCCAAUCAUUCUAGAUGGACUGGAUCUUGUGGAGGAGGAGGAUCAGUUUACCCACAUGCUGCCUUUGGAAGAUGAUUAUAAUCCAGAAGAUGUUCUUAAUGUUUUCAAAAUGGAUCCUGAUUUUGUGGAGAAUGAAGAGAAGUACAGUGCUCUGAAAAAAGAAAUCCUUGAUGAAGGUGACAGUGACUCAGAAACUGGUCAAGAUGCUGGAAGCAGCGAGGAAGAGGAGGAAGAGGAAGAAGAGGAUGAAGAAGGACAAAAAGUGACCAUCCAUGAUAAAACAGAAGUUAACUUGGUCUCCUUUCGGCGAACCAUUUAUCUUGCAAUUCAGUCAAGUUUAGACUUUGAAGAAUGUGCUCACAAAUUGCUGAAGAUGGACUUUCCUGAAAGUCAAACGAAAGAACUGUGCAACAUGAUUCUGGACUGUUGUGCUCAGCAGAGAACAUAUGAGAAAUUCUUUGGUUUAUUGGCAGGGCGCUUCUGUAUGUUAAAAAAAGAAUACAUGGAAUCAUUUGAAGCCAUUUUCAAAGAGCAAUAUGAUACUAUACACCGAUUGGAAACAAACAAGCUGAGGAAUGUUGCCAAGAUGUUUGCACACCUUUUGUACACAGAUUCUCUUCCAUGGAGUGUCCUUGAGUGCAUAACACUGAGUGAAGAAACCACAACAUCGUCCAGUAGGAUUUUUGUUAAAAUAUUCUUCCAGGAGCUUAGUGAAUAUAUGGGACUUCCUAACCUUAAUGCAAGAUUGAAGGAUGAAACACUGCAACCAUUCUUUGAAGGAUUGUUACCACGAGAUAACCCAAGAAAUACUAGAUUUGCAAUCAAUUUCUUCACUUCUAUUGGUCUUGGAGGGCUGACGGAUGAGCUACGUGAACAUCUGAAAAAUGCACCAAAAAUGAUCAUGACCCAGAAGCAAGAUGUGGAAUCAUCAGAUUCAUCUUCAUCUUCGGAAUCUAAUUCAUCUGGAUCAGAUGAGGCCAGAAGCAGCAGCAGCGGUAGCUCAGGGUCCUCCAGUGAGAACGAAUCAUCUUCUGACAGUGAGCACACCACUGAUUCGGAUGUGAAAAGGAGGAAGAAAAAAACAGCAGAAAAAAGUACAAAAAGAAAAGGAAGUAAAAAGAAACAGCUUGGAAAAAAAGAGGAAAGGCGGCAGCCUGAGAAGGAAAAUGGUGCUGAGCGAAACUCUGAAAGGAAUGCUGACAGAAAGUCAAGAGACCCAAGCAGGAGAGAUGAUGCAUCAAAGAAACCCUCCUAUGACAGAGAUUUUUCCAGUGACAGAAACAACUACUGGAGUGGAAAGGACAGGGAUCAGGAGAGAAGUGUGCCUUUUGAAAGCAAAAGCAGUCAUUCUAAAAACAAAAGAACAGAGAGAAGAAAUUCUUCUUCUGAUAAUGAAGGAAAGGACAGGCACCGGACUAAAGAUGGUGAACUCCACAGAAAAAGAAAGGACAGGUCAAAAUCCAGAGAGAGACUUCAUAACCAUCCCAGUCCCAGGAAAAAUGAGGAACCCAGCCGAUACGUCGACCAAUUUAAAGAAUCAAAGAAAGAUGAAGGCAGGCGAAGGCACAGGGAAGAUUCUCCAUAUAGGCGCAAAGGACGCUAGUAGACAGAUUUUGUUGUACUAAUGCUUUUUCCCUUGUGGUGAAAACUAUAUUUUUACAACCUUUUGAACAAAUUUUAACAGGACCUUUUGUACAAAAUUCUUAUUUGUAAACUUGAUUGAGACUUUUAAGGUUUUCAGUACCACAUUUUUAUGAUUGCUGUUGAAUCCUACUAAGCUGCUGCUUAGAUGGGUUUUGAAUCCAAGAGAAAAAUGCUUUUAUUUUGUCAAAACAUUUUGCAUUUUGAAAAGUUUUGGAGCUUUGCAAACACUUUUGUAAAUAUUCUCUAUAAAGUGUUUGACAUUCCUUGGAUUUUCUGUGUUUGAUAAGUCUCGGAACAGUUAUAUUUCAGUGCAGAUGUUAAAAGGUUUCAUUCACUUCAUAAAUUACAGAAAUAUAAAUAUGAAUUUUGAAGCAAAAACUGCAUUGAUGGUAAACUAUAUUUUGAGCAGAAAAAGACAAAAGAACUCAUAAUGGUCAUAACUGAUUACAUUAAAUAAUCUCCAAUUUCUAGUUAUGUUGAAGUUUGGAGUCGUAGGUUGUUGAAGUGUGAAGCUCAUUUUCUUCAAACUUGGAGAAAUAAGCAUGAACUGCUAAGUUAAUGGAUCAAGCUGUGCUUUUUGUUGAAAGCAGUUGUGAAUUGACACCAACAAUAAACUGGCCCAUGCAGUUGAUAAAACUUCUAUUCUUCUUCAGAGUUUAAAAUCCUGCAGCUCAGUGAUUGUAAAUACCAGCACUACCUUCUAGCUGAGACAAUAACUUCAAUAAUGCUGUUGUAAAAAGCUUGCUGUACAUUUUUAAAUGGUGGUAAUGGAUCAAGAUUGGAUAAAUGCAACCUAGCUUGAAUAGGGACUGAAGUAACCAAAGAUGACUGGAUAUUUAACUCUGUGGCUAGCUGACAGGGGGGAACGUGAGUUGGCAAACAACCUGUAUGAGAAUGGCAGAGGCCUUUCUCUAGUAUUGCCUCACUCCUGCAGAAAAAGGUAUUUAGAGCUAUAAAUGAGAAUGGGCUGCCGUUCAUCAAUCAGGGCUUAAUCGUUAUCAGUCCUUUCUCUCUUUAAGAUCACAAACCCCAUCUUUUGUAUCUUUUGGGUUUAAUAAUGGGUUAGGUGAAUACUUCAGUUGUUGCUUCAAAAUUGGAUUAACAAUGCUUGAAAGUAAUAAAAACUACUUGUUGGCAUAUAAAUAGUGGUAUUACUCCAUAAUCUCUUUGAAUAAUUGACUGUUCUGUUGAAUCACAUAUCUGCAACCUGGGCUGCGCAGUUGCUUUGGCUGACCAACACUGGGGAUGGCACAGAGUGAAGCCACCUUGGAAACAGGGCUUUGCAAAGACUGGCUGAUUUGUGUGGAAUACAAAAGUGAAUUUGUCCAAAAUAAUCUGUUUUCCACAACUCAUGUUCUUUUGUUCUCCAAUUUUUAGAUUUGUUUGUUCCCUACUUUUAAAAAUAAAGCCUCGUGUACUUUUUAUGAAA